AUGGAAUCCAGGCAGCGUGUACUAGAUCAGUUAAAAUCCUUCAUUGAAGAUUCGGAGCAACGAAUAAAUAACAUUAUACACAGCCUUAAAUGGAGUAAAGACGGUUUGUUACGCUCGAAAUGCGACAAACCUAAAGAUGGUGUUAAAAAUGAGUCAAAUCGUUCCAACGAUAUGUUUCCUCCUUCCUUCCAAGCAAGCGAAAGUUCUUCUUCUAUUCGCCUAGAUAACAUCAAACAAGCAGAAGCAAUAUUGGAAGCAAUGUAUGAGAAUCCUUCGUUUGCAUUGGCAGUGCCGUUCGAAGAGCUGGUGAACCGUGGUCCGCCUUCAAACCUUGCAGAUUUGCACAUAAAUUUUACACCGGACGAACGUUUAUCUUUGUAUCAGUACGUGAUGAAAAACACCAUAAAACCACCCGAUGUGCCGGAAAUCAAAAUAAGGUUCAAGCGUGAUGCACAUGGAGAAGAAAAGGCCACAUCGCUGACCGAAAUAGCAGCCAUCGAACGCGAUGCUCGAAGGCGCAACGCGAAACACAGAGUGUCCAGAAAUCCUCUAACUUACAGCGAAAAAGUGCGACAUUUGAUUCAAGUGCAAACCGAUGCAUUGGCUCAUCAUUUCGGUCAGUCCUCCACACAGACUGCUGAAGCAAGUGAUAAAAGCAGAAAGAAGAGCUCGAAGCAUGCCCGAAAGUCUCGCUCCAACACACCCGAACCGGAUCGUAGUCACAGAAAGAAGAAACGUCACAGAAGUCGCUCCCGAGAACGUUCCAAGUCUGGCGAACGGAAGCGACACAAAUCGCACAAGAAACAUAAGAGAAAGCAUAAUCAUUCAUAA